AGCUCUUUGCGUCUUAUGACCUCUGCAUCUAAAUGCAGUAGUUACUAAUGGCUUUUAACAAUAACAAUCCAUUUUCAAAAUCUUUAAAUGGAGUGUGCCCCCUGCUGGCUAGAUUAAUGGGGAUUAAACAGCAGGAGAGGCUCUUUCCCCGAGAAGCCUGUGUUUGUACACAUAUAUAAAUACAGGGAGAAGGCUGGAGAGGCAGAUACAGGAGCUGGAGCCAGAAGCACUGGGCAUAACCACAUACAGACAGCAGGAUGAAAGCCUUUCCCACCUUUGCUCUUCUGUUCCUGGUCCUCCUGUUUUCUGCCCACGUUAGUGAUGCCCAGCACUGGUCCUAUGGUCUCCGGCCUGGAGGGAAGAGGGACACUGAAAGUCUCCAGGACAUGUACCAUGAGACACCCAAUGAGGUUGCCUUGUUCCCGGAACUCGAGCGUCUGGAAUGUUCCGUCCCCCAAAGCAGACUCAACGUACUGAGAGGAGCGCUGAUGAACUGGCUGGAAGGAGAGAACAGAAAGAAGAUCUGAUAAUGGCAGAGCCACAAGAGGAAGAUGAUUAAAUAAAUGCAGACUAAAGCGA